AUGGGCAACGCGUCGCCGCGGCGACUGCACCGUCAUGUCGUGACGGCGAUUAAUGUCGCAAAGACAUCGUUCGGACACACAGCCGUCGCAACGCAGGUGCACAUCGCGCUCUGGACCGCACUCUGCAUCUUCAUAGACGACUUCGAGAUUGACACGGGCGCCGUCGCCGCGUUCGCAGAGCGGUUCCAUGCGGGUCAGUCGCAGCUGCACCCGCUCUUGGACGUGUUCGCGGGUACGCUGCGCGACAUGCCGAAGUUCUUCCACCCAUAUGGCGCCGCAUCGAUUGUAUCGAACACGAUCCAAUACGUCGUCUGUACGUUGUUCGACAAGGAAGCGGAGAACAUGGAGGUACACCCCGCGGCGCGCGACUAUCCGGUAUACAAGCGCUCUCGCAACGGCAUUGGCGAGGCGUACUCGUACUGCAUUUUUGACAAGGUGCACUUCCCGAACGUAUCGACGCACAUCCAGGUGGUCCCUGAUCUGCUCUCGUUCUACAAGGAAGCACUCGUUGGCGAGAAAAAUAACUUUAUCCACGACCGCGCUCGUGUCACGGGCAAGGAUAUUGAAGCUUCUUUGAUGGACACAAUGGAGGACGUCGUGGAUCUCGUAAAUAGAGCUCGGCAGAUCCUACAGGGAGAGGGAGAGAAGCAGGCGUGGGAGAGCUUCAUUGUGGGAUAUGUGGCGUUCCACUUCGUCUCUCCACGGUAUAAGCUUGAGGAGCUAUUCAAUGACGCCGAGUAGUCAUAUGUCCGCAGGGGGCUUUAGUCUCACGACUACCCAUAUAGAAUACGCAGACGUUUUUUUUCAAUUGCUGACACUUUUCUAUUUCUGUCCUAAUUACCUCGUUUUGUACUAGUACCGUUCUGAACAGGCUCCGGAGUUACAUUUACCGAAGUCAAUGAAA